UGCAAGCAGUGAAAACCUACUGUGACCCCUAGCAGGCCUUCCCGCCCCGUCCACGUGACUCCCCUGGGGAGGGGGGUCGCCCAGGGCGUGUGCUGAGCCGGGAUACAUCACUCUGGCUCCUGCACACCCCUCCCUCUCCCUGUCCAUGGGGAGGCAGAAGACAGGAAAUGACUGCCAUGGAUGUGGUAUGAUUUCUACUGAAACAGCUCUGGCCCCUCGCUGCUCACAGCUGUUUCCCUUAUACCAGCCAGGUGGCUGGCUCUCUUCUCCCCUUCCCUCCUCUCCCCUGUUCUCCCCCCUUCCCUUCACAUGACUUGGGCCUUUGGAUUCUCCGCUCCUGGCUCCUGGCCACAUUCCACCGCUCUUUCAGAACCCAGGCGUCCUGGCCUGCAGCUCAAAUUGCUGCGUGUGUUCUCGCCCAUCCCCUGCCCCAUGAGUCAGGCUUUCUGAAGGGACCAGCCCAGUACUUGGCACUUGCAGGGGAGAGGGGAAAGGGGAGCGGGCUAGGUGGUGACAUCAUAAUUAGAGGGUAUAAAAGCUUUAGCCCAAACAGAUUUGAGGACACAACCUGCCAGCGCGCCUGCUGCCUCAUUCUACGGACAGACGCCCGGUGGCAGAUUUCCUGCAGCUUCAAGGCCCACACGACACCAUGCCGGGCUCUCCCUGUUUUCUGUGGCUUCUGGCCGUGACCUGCUUGGUUCCCAGAGCUCAGUCCUUGGACCCUCCAGACCCUGAGGAAGAGGAUGAGGAUCAGACACCUCUGCCGCCCUGGCCGGCUAUCCACUGUGACUAUGACCGCUGCCGCCACCUGCAGGUGCCCUGCCAGGAGCUGCAGAGGGUCAGCCCGGUGCCCUGCCUGUGCCCUGGGCUCUCCAGCCCUGACAAGCCACCUGAGCCACCGCGCCUGGGAGAAGUGCACAUCAUGGCCGAGGAGGGCCGCGCUCUGGUCCACUGGUGCGCACCCUCCUCCCCCGUCCUGCAGUACUGGCUACUGCUUUGGGAAGGCAGCAGGGGCCCACAGAGAGGACCCAGCCUCAAUGCCACAGUCCGCAGAGCAGAACUUGGAGGACUGAAGCCUGGGGGCACUUAUGUCAUUUGUGUGGUGGCCUCUAACAAGGCCGGGGACAGCCACGCUGUAGCCCAGGAAGGUGGGGAGAACUCUGAGCACGUGGACCUCCCUGCCUUUGGUCCCUGCAGCCGGAUCACCGUGCCACUCAGACCUGCCACCCUGGUGCACUUGGCUGUGGGGGUGGGCACAGCCCUAGCCCUGCUGAGCUGUUCGGCCCUGGUCUGGCACUUCUGCCUGCGGGACCGCUGGGGCUGCCCACGCCGCAGGCUGUGAGCGAGGGGGCCUGGGGACCACUCCAUCCAGUCCAAGGUAGGAGAGGAGUCACAAGCCACACCCAGGCACCUGGGCUAUGUGUCUCAGCUCUCCAGGCUGGGAUCUUGUUUAGGUCCCGGACUUAUUACUCUGCAGCCAGAUCGGAGUAAGGAGUAGUGAAGGUACUGCAAGUUUUUCUUAAAG